ACACCAACACCCAUUGAGCUUUUGAAGGUCGUCAUCUCCAAGGCCAAGGACAAAGAAGAUUUUGGGUUCAGUUUGUCGGAUGGAGUUUUUGAGAAGGGGGUGUACGUUGGGGCUGUGAGAGCAAAAGGGCCAGCGUCAACAAAACUGAAACCAUUCGACAGAAUAUUACAGGCAUUCUUCUAUUUAGUAAACAACAUAAAAUCGAAAGACAUGGAAUGCAGUCAGCUGGUCCCACUCAUCGCUUCAUCCGGAAACACAUUGGAACUGGUCAUAACAAGGAACCCA